AGAUGGAUGCGUGUAUCGCAGUUGAAAGAGAACUGGACAGAGUUUUGUCAAAGUUCUCUGGUUUACAGGAACACGAUCGAAAAACCCUAGAUGAUAUCGCACAGUAUGUACAAAACAUCCGAGAGAAUUGGUUGAUGGUAGUGCCAAGUGACCAGGAGCUGUCUGCCCCUCACAAGCUCAUCCUGACACAAUGUCUAAGAAAGGUCAGGGACACGAUAACCAGAGUGGGAUCAGAACACCGUGACCUCCACAGCUCCGUCUCCAAAGUGGGCAAGGCCAUUGACAGGAAUUUUGUGGCAGAGUUCCAUUCAGUGACAACAGCUGGGGUGUUUGAGGGAGAAGAUAAAAGCCGACAGUUAAAUGAAGUGGUUUGUGAGCACUUUCUACGACAGGGAAUGUUGGACAUUGCUGAGCAACUUAACGAGGAAGCCCAGUUGAAUAUGUCUGGAGAUCAGAAAGAGCCGUUCUUAGAGCUUCAUCGUAUAUUAGGGGCUUUAAAGCAGCGGGACAUGCAACCAGCAUUAAGAUGGGCACAGUUGAAUCGCAAUCAGCUUCUGGCUCAUGGAAGCUCUUUAGAGUUCAAACUUCACAGGUUAUACUUCAUUGAUCUGAUCAAACAAGGCCCAAGUAGGCAGAGAGAAGCCCUUAUGUAUGCCCGCAAUUUUUCCCUCUUUACCAGCCAUGACAAAGACCUGCAGGCAUUGAUGGGCAGCCUUCUGUACCUGAGACAGGGGAUACAGAACUCUCCCUAUGCAUACCUCUUGGACCCGCUGUACUGGGAUGAGAUCUGUGACGUGUUUACUCGUGAUGCCUGUGCCCUUAUGGGUCUGUCUGUAGAGAGUCCCCUUAGUGUCAGUAUACGGGCUGGUUGUAUAGCUCUUCCUCCUUUAUUAAAUAUUCGUCAAGUGAUGCAGGCUCGCCAGUGCUCGAAUGUGUGGUCAGCUAAGGAUGAAUUACCUGUGGAGAUAGACCUAGGCUCUGAGUACCGCUUCCACUCUAUAUUUGCCUGUCCGAUCCUCCGUCAACAGAGCAGUGAGAACAACCCACCUGUGCGCCUCAUGUGUGGUCAUGUCAUUUCUCAGGAUGCCCUCACUAAGCUGGCCAAUGGCAGCAAGGUAAAAUGUCCUUAUUGCCCGGUGGAACAGAAUCCCGAGGAGGCCAAACGGAUUUGUUUCUGAUCAUGUCAUCUGGUCAAGCGGAUUUGUUUCUGAUCAUGUCAUCUGGUCAAGCGGAUUUGUUUCUGAUCGUGUCAUCUGGUCAAGCGGAUUUGUUUCUGAUCAUGUCAUCUGAUCAUUGAGAAAUGGAUCCUGGAGAACAUGUCCACUGGAACAGAGUGAUGGCCAGAACAGACUCACAGGAGGGAUGCCUACUUUAUUAUGGGUUUCACAUCCACACUGUUGUCCAUCCCUUAUUCAUCCAGCUACACAUUUCACAUCUCCAUGCACAUUGCAUUACACACAGCCCACAUUUACAUGUAACCUGCAGUGCAGCCCAGAUAAAGACACACUGCAGUACAGGCCACAUCUAAAGGCACACUGCAAUACAGGCCACAUCUAUAGGCACAUUGUAGUACAGCCAACAUGUAAAGGCAAACAGCAGCCUAGCCCAGAUCUAAAGGCACACUGCAGUACAGCUGAGAUCUGUAGGUACACUGUAGUACCGCCCAGAUCUAAAGGUACACUGUAGGACAUCCCACAUUUAAAGAAAACUCCAAUAGAUCCAACUUCUAAAGGCACACUGCAGUACAUCUUCACAUGUAAAGUCACAAGGCAGUACAUCUCACAUAUAAAUGCAGACUACAGUGCAGUCCAGGCCUUACGGCACACUGCUAUGCAUCCCGCAUGUAAUGCUACACUGCAGUGGAGCCCACACCUGAAGACACACUGUGGUACAUCCCACAUCUAAAACCACCCUGUAGUACAACCCUUAUCUCCAUGCAUGCAACAACACAGCCCACUUUUAACUGUAGCUGAAUGUGGUUCUUUUAUUUUCAUUUAACCAAGCUAGUGAUGUCCGACAUCAUUGGCCAUGAUUUACUGAGCCAUAUUAACUCUUCAAAGCCCUGAACUUUCCUUCAUAAAUAUGCACGUUUCAUGGUCCAAUCAGAUUCCUUUAUUUAUUGACACUGACAGGAGUUCAAAACAACAUGGGUUGUGGCUGAUGUGAAAAGUAUGGGGUACUUUGAAUAAAUAGAAGUGCUAGCGCAAAAAAUAACUCCCUGCACAUCAAUGUGUUAAGAGUUAUUGGUGGGGAUGAUAGAAAUUAGUGACGAAACAACCACAUCAUAGGCUACGUCAUUCCUCUGUUUGACCUCUUUCGCUAUCACCAAUAUUACCUGAUAGCACAGUAACUUUCCGUGUCUGUUCGUGUCAAUAAAAGCAACAUUCAAAGCACUGCUUAUUGCUUUGUAUAAUGUUGUGCCAAGGAAUAUAUUGAAUCCGAACAUACAUGCAUUUGCUUUGAAACAAAGAAAUACACACUUAUAUUGAUUGGCUGAAAAUGUCGUAGGGGAAUUGCACAAGCAGCAAUGCCACUGGCUGUUGAAAGAGUAGGUUUCUGAAGACUUGGAUAUGUACAGCAAGGGUAAUUAUGAAGCCUAUAGCAAGUAUCAACCUUGCUGAUGGGAAGAUGGGUUCGGUGGGUAUGAUACAUGUAUUUGUUAAGUGUGUCUCUAUGACUGGAACCUUUCUAAAGCUGAGCGGUCUAAGACUGAGUUUCUCAGACUGGGACAUUUUCAGCGCUGAGUGUUUCUAUGGCUGGAACUAUUCUGUGGCUAAAAGGUUUCUGCUGGGAGGGUUUCUGUGCCUAGGGCAGUUCUAAGGCUGGGAGUGUUUCUGUGGCUGGACAGUUCUAAGGCUGUAGUGUUUCUGUGGCCGGGAUGAUUCUAACUCUUGUAAGGUGGAUAGUGCUUUUAUGACUAAGGAAUUUCUAUUACUGAGUGUGUUCCAAGGCUGAGUCAAGUUUUGUUGAUGGAAACAGUAAUUCUGAGAAUUAGUUGUUUUUGGGGUGGUAAGGUAUUUUUCUUGGCAGUUUUCUCUGCAUUUUGUGAUCAGCUAAUUUAUGAGUAAUUUUUGUGAGGCAAAACGGUGAAGGAUAUGCUGUAAUACAAGCACACCUCCAGGGUUAAAGAAUCCUUUGGGGCCUCCGUGGCUCAGUUUAAGUCCAGCUCAGGCUGGCUUCCUCUCCAGCCGUACAUGGGAAGGCUUGUCAGCAGCCUGUGGAUGGUCGUGGGUUUCCCCUUGGCUCUGGCCGUUUUUCUCCCACCAUAAUGCUGGCCGCCAUUGCAUAAGUGAAAUAUUUUG